AUGGAUUCCUCCCUCUUGAAGCUCCUCGAAGAAGAUGACGAGGAUGAAUCUAUGCACACGAAGGAAGAAGUCGACGCGUUCGAGGCCUCUCUGUUUCGAGAAAUCCAAGGAGGAAACCGUUCUGGGAGUCAGCAUUUUGCAGCAUGGGAUAAUGGUAUUCAAGAUGCUAAUACCAACAAUCUCCAUGUCCUUGGGAGCACUCAGAUGAAAGAGCAACAACAACAAUCUUUUUCAGGGAAUCAAGAUCGAGGGAUAAAGUCAGAAGAUGUAUCUCAUUUACAGCACAACCUGCCUCAGGAACAUCUUCAACCAGAUCGACUCUGUCAGAAGCCUUCACAUGUUCCCCAAGCAAGUAAUUUGCACUCUAUUAGUACUGAAACAGAUAGCCCGCAACUGCAAAACAUGAGUGUACAACGGACUCAUGGGGUGGAACAGUCUGUUGGUUCUGUAAAUCUUUCUCCGACACAACUACAAGUCUGUAAAUUGCUUCAUAUAUUGAAACUCCAAGUUGACAAAGAUAGAUGGAAGCAGCUCGAUACAACGUAUCAUAAAUUCAAGAGUAACGAAGUUACCCAGGAAAGUUUCUUACGAAAAGUGAGGACUAUUGUAGGUGAUCGAAUGACCUUAUGGGCAGUUAGGAAACUGCAACAGCAGGGAAAUAGGGGGGUCAAGGUACCUGCUGCCCCAAACCAUUACAGAGAGUCCUUUACUUCUGCUGACCAAUCCCUGAUACAAUCUUUAGCUGAAGACAUCAGUGCUAAAAAAUCUGACACCCUUGGAGGUCAUGCUAACCAACUGCAUUCAACAAGUUCGGGCACCUUAAGCAGUUCAGCUACUGUGCACGGGUUACACAGUUCUGAGAGACCCAUUUCUGUGAAUGGUCCAAGUCUGGUUCAUGGUGGCCCUAUAUUCCCCACCCAAAACAGCUCAUCCUUGCCUCUAUAUCCGGAUACUUUCCAAGGAUCAGUCACCAAGGACCAGACAAUGAGAAAUGAUCAGACAAUGGCCCACGUGAAGCAGAAAUUUACUGAUCAAAGCUUCGAUCAGGUACGGAAGUCCUGUUCUUUGGUGCGGCAAGACGUGUCUAAUGUUCCAAUGAAACAGAGCAAUGGGAUCCCAAGUAGGUCAAAUGAUGACUUAGUGAAGCAGUCUUCUGAUAUGUUCUUAUCAGCAUCUACCACCCAUGCAAACUUUGCCUCUCCUUCAAUGAAAGCACCGCUGGACUCUAGCACAAUGGUUAAUUUCUCUGCUCCAACUGCGACCAUUCCCCCAGGAACUAUUUUUAGAACGACACAAGGUCAGAAAAAAACUCUGGAGGCACAAGGUUCUUCGCUACCACCAUUGAGUAAGAGGCAAAAACUAUGUGAACCUUCUUUAGCUCGAAGUGAUAAAAACUUCAAUGAUGUUACCGAAAUCAGUGGCAUCAAUCUUAUGGAAGAGGAAAGAGAAUUAUUAUAUUCUCUACCUAAAAAGGACAGUCAUGUUUUCAAAUCAUUUCAAAGAGUUGCGCAAGAAGAGGAAGGAAGAACGAUUUUGCAGAAAGUUCCACUGCAGAGAAAGCUGGCAGAAAUUAUGGCAAAAAGUGGUAUAAAGCAUAUCAAGAAUGAUGUUGAGCGGUGCUUGUCUCUGUGUGUGGAGGAAAGGAUGCGUGCACUGUUGUGCAAUAUAAUCCGGAUGUCAAAGCAGCGGACUGAUCCCGAGAAGGGUAGAAAUCAGAUUUGUAUCACAUCUGAUAUACGGAAACAAAUUAACGAAAUGAAUCAGAAUGCGAAGGAGGAACAAGAAAGGAAACAUGUUGGAGAAGAAAAGCUUAAGAUUGAUACUUCAGAAGAAGAUAAACGUACAGAGCAAGUGAAGGCAAAUAAGGAGCAAGCCGAAAAGAGAGCGAAGGCUGCAAAUGAUGCUGCCCUUGCAUCCGUUGGAGGAGAUAAUGUGUUUUCAAAAUGGAAACUUAUGGCAGAAGCACGUCAGAAACCUUCUUCAGAGAUAGGAAGAAACACCAAAAAACUUUCUGGUGGUAGAAGAUUUGGGAGGAACCAUGGUUCACCAAAAGUGGUCCGCUCAAUCUCUGUGAAGGAUGUGAUUGCUGUGGUGGAAAAAGAGCCUCAGAUGUCCAGAUCGACGCUACUGUAUCGCUUAUACAAUAGGAUCUGCUCGGAUGAUCCAACCUAAGAUAAGACAUAGAAACUAUUGAAAUCAAAGACAGAUUGUCUAACACUUUUGUUUCUUUUUAUUCCAUUGAAAAUGAUACCACUACAAACUCCUAAGCAUGAUCAAGAUGCUAAAGUACAUCCUUAUUCCUUCUUCUUGAGUCUAUGAUCUAAAG